CCUACAUGUGUUUUGACCUAGUCAUGAAGACAGUUCCCGUCAGUAAGCCUUACCUCCUGAUGAGUGAUGUAUCUCCGGUGGAGGGAUCUACGAUGUGGAUGCGCUGCAAUCUGGAAAAUGGCACUGGACCCAUCCAGUAUGUGUGGCAGCAUGAGACCCGCAGCGGAAACAUCUCAGCCUUUGCACAGGGAAACACCAACAUUAUCAACGUGACCAACAUCAAUCGCAACCACACCGGCUGGUACCGCUGUGUGGCCAGCAACAACGUCAACAGUGAGAGCUCUAACCGGUUAUGGCUGGACACCAUCUUUGGCCCGGAUAUCCCUCAGAUAGACGUGACUCCGUACAGUAUAACAGAGCGGGGCGUCUCUUUACUGUGUCGAAGCCCAGUUCAACCGGCCAUGCCUCAGUACGUCUGGUUCUCAACAACUCCGGUCUACACUGGGCCGCAGUUAACCAUCACUAAGAUCCUACGCAUGCACACUGGCAACUACGCCUGCUUGGCACAGAACAACUACCUCAACACCCGUUCCAAAAAAACCAUCAGCCUGACCGUCUACUACCCACCCGAUGGCUCCCCCUCCUGUUCUGUUGAGGCAGCUCUGAAUUAUACCACUUUGAGACUCCUCUGCUCUUGGCCCGGCGGAUUACCCUCCCCCUCUCUCCACUGGACCGGACUCGGGAACCAAGUGGGCCAAGACGAGACCAACACUGCCGUCUUGCUGCCAUCUGAAGGCCUCAACUCCAACAGCUUGUUUACUUGCCUGGGCUCCCACCUGGCUCUCAAACAAUCAACACAGUGCAGCACACGCACAUAUAUUCCCCCUGCAGAGCCGGAGUGUUUUGCCUAUGUGACUAAUAAUAAACAGUAUCUGAUGCUGUCCUGCUCCUGGGAUGGAGGGGCCCCAAAGGCCUUGGUGUGGUGGGAGGGCCCAGAUGGCCAGGCCAAAGGUGGAGAAGAAAACUCCAACAUCUUGAUCCUUCGCUACGGCACCGCCCGCAGCGGAAAACCCUACACCUGCCAUGCUAAGCAUCCACUUCUGGUCCAAACCAAAACCUGCAGGCUGACACUGGGUCAGUGCACAUUGUCAGACACACCUGACAAGAAAAUUGCAAAUGGGAGUGACGUUCAGCUCACCUGCAACCUGAGAUCCAACUACCUUCCUGCCAGUGAAAUCACAUGGUUUAACAAUCAGGGUGUGGGCGUCCUAGACACCUCAAGGUACCCCAUGCCACCGAAUGUGACCCUGGUCAGUGAUGUACACAGCCGAAAGCGUAACGAGGUGGAGCUGGAGUGGCAGGUAGAGAACGAAGGAGGAGGAGGAUGGACAGUUCAUCCUGCAGCACAUAUGGGUGUCAGAGCGACCACGAAGGAGAGGUAG